UUAAAAGAUCUAGGGACAAAGACAAAGCUGGAUAAUCGGGUGCGAAGACAAGUGGGGGAAAAUGAGAUAUAUAUAGCAGCCGUCAAACAAAAACAAGCGAGAUGCCACUGCCACUCUCCCAACUCCGCUUAAUCUCAAUUCCACAAGUUAUCGCCCGCCGCUACAUGGCCUCCUCCGCCGCUGCCGAGCCCAUAAGCCCAUCCAACACCCGCGUGGGCUGGAUAGGUACGGGCGUCAUGGGCCUCUCCAUGUGCUCCCACCUCAUACGAGCCGGCUACAUGCUCACGGUCUUCAACCGCACCCCUUCCAAGGCCCAACCCCUCCUCAAAAUGGGGGCCCACCAGGCCGAUAAUCCCCUCUCCCUCGCCUCCAACUCCGACGUCGUCUUCUCCAUCGUCGGCUACCCCUCUGACGUUCGCGCCGUCCUUCUCGAUCCCCACUCCGGCGCCCUCGCCGGCCUCCGCCCUGGCGGCAUCCUUGUUGACAUGACUACCUCGGAGCCCUCCCUCGCCGUCGAGAUCGCGGCCGCGGCGUCCUCCAAAUCCUGCCAUUCCAUCGACGCUCCCGUAUCUGGCGGCGACCGCGGCGCCAAGAACGGAACCCUGGCAAUCUUCACUGGAGGAGAGGAAUCGGUGGUUAAGCGGCUCCAACCUCUGUUCUCGCUGAUGGGGAAGGUGAACUACAUGGGAGGAAGCGGAAAGGGGCAAUUCGCGAAGCUGGCGAACCAGAUUACGAUAGCGUCGACGAUGGUGGGGUUGGUGGAGGGGAUGGUGUACGCGCACAAGGCUGGGCUGGACGUAGGGUUGUACCUGGAUGCGAUUUCUACCGGUGCGGCGGGUUCGAAGUCACUGGAUUUGUACGGACAGAGGAUAUUGAAGAGGGAUUUGGGGCCAGGGUUUUAUGUGAACCACUUUGUGAAGGAUUUAGGGAUUUGCUUGAAGGAGUGCCAGAAUAUGGGUAUCUCCCUGCCUGGUUUGGCUCUUGCUCAGCAGCUAUAUGUUUCUCUCAGGGCUCACGGUGAAGGCAAUUUGGGCACCCAAGCUCUUAUUUUGGUUCUCGAGAGGCUCAACAAUGUUUCACUUGCACCUGCAAUUGCUUCCUCUUAGGUUUGUGGAGGAUAUGGAACUCUGAACACUGAAAUUGUCUUCUUCUUCGACUUAUUAUUAUUAUUAUUAUUAUUUUUAUGUGAUGAUGUACAUUCAAUUAGACUGGUGUCGUAUGUUACUUGCAUCAGAUUGCUUGGCCGCUUUUCUCUACUUUGUACGUUUUGGUAUCAGUGUUUUCUAGUUCAAGUCAACCCCCGGCUUUCUAAAGGGGUCCUCAUCGUAUAAUUCGGACACGAUAUGAACAAUUGAGCAGUUGUUAGUAGGUGAUAGCUACUAACUUUGUCUGUGUUGUUGCAUAAUGAGUGGUUGAUAUUUUAUCAUUUGGUUAUUUCAA